GAGAGGAAGGCUGUAAACCCAUCUUUAAGACCAAGGUAAACAACCCCAAAGGACUGAGUAAAAGCCAAAGGAACUGGUUGUGUUGUCAAUUAUUUGCUGGCUGUUGAAGUGACAUCAGGCAAGAGGUCAGUUUCAACCUUUCUAGGUUUUGUUUGAGUAGAAAAUAAUUGUUAUCUCCAGCAUAUGCUCUCUGAUGCAUCUCCAUGUGUACCUCUUCAUUGUGUACCAGGAUAUAUUAACUGAAGGCAGAAUCGUUAUAACACAGCAGUAAAACAUAUCAAGAGUCACAGCCAGAUUUCUCACUCUACUAUUGACUUUCCUGGUAACUGUAAGCAAGGCACACAAUCCAGUUGGCUUCACUUUUCCUCUCUGAGGAGAAGGUUAACUUUUUUUUCUCAUUUUCAAAAUAGCCUUAGAUUAAAAUAGCCUUAGAUGGUUAUGCCCAUGCCAAGUGGGGUUCCUUUUUUGCUUUUCUCUUCUUCCACCUUUCUCCCACAAUUUUUAUGAACUAUUUUGUCACUGUUCUCCAUUCAGGAGGUUGGAAGGAAUUCUAACUGUUGAUUUUAUGGUUCUUUGAAGGCUCACUUAGCACACUUUUUGAGUGAAGGAAAGAAGAGGACUAGGUCUUCUAAGAAGAGUAAAAUGCUCACUUUGGAUGGGCAUUCAGAAAUGUCUGCUGAUGCCGUGCUACUACCAUGUUAUCAGCAGAAGUGUGUUGGAAAAAUGCCUGUCAAGGACUCCACAAGAAAGGCACAAUCAGACAGGGAACCUACAGCAUCUCCAAAGGCCUGGAGAAAUGUAGAUACAGGUUCAGCUGAGGAAGUCAGAGGCCUACCUGAUAUAGUUGUUCCUGAGGAAAAAAGCAGCGAGACCUUGAAAUGUCUGCCAGAACGGCUGCAAAAGCGUCACGAUCAAGCAGUGACCAAAAUGCAGCAGGAGCUGGACUACAUUGGUAGAGAGAUGGAAGCCUCUGUUUUGGAGCUUCAAAAAAACCUUCAACUAAAUGUGACGAAAUCCGAUAAAAAAAGUAAACUUCUGUUUGAAAAGAUUAUGUCUGACACAGCUCUAGAAGGUUUCUCGUUUGAAGGUUUGGAAAAACUGUGGAAUAUGAUUCACCAGGAAUCCUUGAACAGAAAGAAGUGGAUUAGGACAAUGGAUGAAUCCCUAAAGGAGAUUGAAAGGAGACAAGUCUCUAAAAUAGCAGAUAUACUGAAAAAGUGUACAGUGAAACUGGAGGAAAUUUCCUUCUUGGCAGCUGAUGUUCACAAGCUCAUCAAUGACGAGGCCAUGAAUAUAAACCGAGCACUGUUGGGUAAUAGGAGGGCAACUGCCAAGCUGCUCUUUAAUCUAAUGAAAUCAGAGCUUGAGAAGGAAAAAUCUCAUCAAUUGAAAUGGCAAGAGAGAGUCAAGGACUGGAAGCUCAUCCAAAAGAACCGUGUAAUUCAGAGUUUCAGAGAAUUUAUGGCAAGUGAAGAAAUACAGAAUAAUUCCACUGUGAAAACAGAAAUGGAAAAUAUGAUAACGGGGCAGAUUGUACUUAGUGAGCGGAGACUGGGGAUUUUGCAGCACAUUGGCACCUUGAUGCCUCCUAUGCACACGAAAUCUGAGAUAAAUGAAUGGUACAGAACUCUGGAGAAUUUAAACCAAAGUUUAGACACCCACAGUAUGGAGUGCGUGAAGAAACUGCGCAUCAAGUAUGAGCUGGUCCAGGGCAAAUGUCGGGAGAAAGUGCAGGUCUGCAAGAUGAGCCUGUUGGAUAUGAAUGUUUGCACGGUAAAAGAUGUUGAACUUGUGCAUUCUGACAUGCUUCAGAUGGCUGAGAAACUAGAACGUAGGUUUGAAGAAGAACUGGAGCGUAUGGAUAGAGACUUUAAGGAGAUGGCUAAACAGCAUGAGCAGCGUUGUCAAGGCUUGUACAGCUAUUUUCAGGAGGCCAUGGCCCUCUGGGAUUUCCAUAAACUUCAACUGUCCCAGCAGGAAGGUGAACUUCAGAAGAAAGUAGAUGAAUGCAGAUGGGAACAGGAUACCAUUAUACAGAUGAGGAAAGCCGAUCUGGAUAUAGUUUUGGAAAAAAUGAAAAUGGCAAGCUGUGAAGAAGAGCUGAAGAAAUAUAUGGAGAAGGCCCUUUCUUCUUUAGAUCAUAUUAGAACUAGGAAUGAGACACUCAACCAAGUUGUAAUGGAUAAAGUAAUGGCUUACCCAGAAGCUGUUUUGCAGGAGUUGAUUUCUUACAGCACAUCCAUCAGCCAGCAUUUUAAUGUAAAGGAAAUCUUCAGACAGAACUUGCAAGGCAAGAUAGCCCUCACAGUUCAAGAUCAAAGUAAUACCUCAAUGGUACAAACAGGACUCGAGGUGAGGCCACACCAGCACAGAGCAGAGUGGGACAAUCGGCUCUCUCAGUCAGUGCCAGAAGAGAUAGACAGUUGUCAACGAUCAGAUGGAGAAACAAACCCAGCUGAGCAUGAGGAGAUCUUGGCACAGGAAACUGGAGAAACAGAGGAAGAUGGAGAGAGCAUUCCUCAUAAAAGUGAAGAAACUGAACAUGCAGAACAAGGGGCAGUGUUCAAUAGCAGUAAGGCAGAAAGUGCUGAAAUUGCCAUGGAGAAAUUUUCCACUGCUAGUGGAAACAUUUACACUGUCCUUGGAGUUGAAGAGGCAGGAAAGACUGAUAUAACAGAGAAUUAUUUUACAAAAUAUGAAAAGGAAGAAUCACUUCCUAUGUACCUGAAAUAUAUUCUUCUCAAAGAAGCAAUGUUUGUCAAGCUGAAGAAAAAGAUUCGCCUCUGCUUUUUUGAACACUUGGAGAAAUGGUUUGCAGAAUCCUUGUCCAACUCCCAUGUCUUUGUGGCUGCCAAGAAAGAGGAGCUGAAUUCAAUACUUUUGCUGCAUCGUCAGUUGCAUCAACAAAAGCAGGAGGAGAUACAGACAAAUAUCUACAACGUUCGAGCUGGGGAACUGUCACUUCACAAAGAGCGUCUUGAAUGCCACUGUGCAGGGCUGGGAGAAGGCCUGAAAAAGGAGAAAGCUGAAUUUCUCAAAUUUUUAGAUCAGCUAAAUAACACAAACUUAGGCUCCCAAAUCCGUAACUUGGAGUUUGACUUCCUCCAUGCUCCUAAGACUGAGCAGUCAGCUUCUUCCAGCAACAAUCUGCAACCACAGCUCCACAAUCAUCUGGAAUCAAUUGGGCUUACUGUGAGGAGUUACCAACACCAUCUGGAGGAAGCUUUAGGGAAACUAAAGUGUUCAAAUGUAGAUUUUCUUAAAACUUGCAGAUUAUUUUCAGAGGGAGGUAACUUCUCUUCUGAAGAGGUAAAGUUUUUCAGCAGAUAUCUUCAGAAUGAAAGUAAGCAAAUCGACUCUUUGGAAAGUUUAAUCAAAACAGAUGUGCAGAAAAUGGAAUCAAGCUGCUUGGAGCAGGCUACUGAACUUAUCAAGCAGUCUGAAAAAAAAUUUGCUGAUGUCUCUGUGAGUCGAGCCUUUAUGGAGAAGGUCCAGCGAUCUUUGAGAUGGCUACAACAGCAAAUCAAAUCAGAGGUAGCAAAUUCCAAUUUGCAGUCAGUGACAUUGAAGUCUUACCUGGAGAAGCUGCAGCAGAAGAGAGAUGCUUGUGCUCAUCCUACUGCAGAUGAAGAAGAGGACUUUACCACUCUUGCCAUGGAUGGGAUGUUACAAGAUUCCAUUGCUCCUGCUGUUCAAACAGAGAGUCUCAGAGAUAAGAGCAAAAGGAUGGUAAUGGGGCUGGAUCCUGAAAAAUUCCCCUUGUUAAUUCCAAGCAGAAUGGAUACUUCAGCACUUCAUGAUUUGGCAAUAAGUGUUAUCCAAAAUUUAGCUGGAUUUGACCCGUCCAAACAAUCUCCAGACUUAAAUCAAGAGGGAAAUGAUCACUCUCGUUCAUUAGGACCAGUAAAGAAGAAGGUAUCCAACGCAGCUCAGAUCUCCAAGAAAUCAUCUUGGGAUGAAAUGAAGUCAAAAAAAAGCGAAAAGAAAAGCUCCAAAUCCAUUGUCAAGGACAAGAGAUACCAAUUAUUUGAAAAGAAGCCUCCAAAGUCUGAUACUUUUAAGGGGAUUAUUAUGAAUAUUCUCUGGACAGGUAGCAACACCUUGCUUGGCCUUGGUGAGGAUUUUUAUGGAGUAAAGACAGCUCAGAUGGGAAUACCUAAAGAUCUGCCAGAGACUUUUGAAGAUUGGGCAGAAAUGCUCAGACAGAAACUAUUGUCAUACAAAAGGCAGGCAGAUGAUUACUACAAUUUCUGUCUUAAAGAAUUCCAGGAUCAGCUGAAGUGGUUUGAGGAGGAGCUCUCUUCUGUCUCCCAGUUGGCAGUGGAUAGUCUUUUAAAAGAACAUGAGCAGAAACUCAGCUCUUCCACUGGUCAGAUUCAGCACCUCUUCAACAGACAGCUGGAAGAGUGGGAGAAGCUGAAGACUGUGCACCAGAGAAAAUUACAUUACUCUCUGGGACACCCAAACAACUCCCUUCAGCUGGAGGCUUUGUGCCAAGAGGAAAUAAAAAGACAAAAAGCUCAAACUGAUGGUGUUCAUCUCAACACAAAGAUGCUGCAGGACUGUGCUGCUGAGUGUGCUCAGAGCUUUUUUUCUGCACUGGCUGCCCUCACUGAAGAGCUGCUCUUGGAAUUAGAUGAAACCAUCACUUCUGGUGACAUACAAGUAGCAGAAACUGAAAUAACUAGAGAGAAGUUGUCGACUUUAAUCCAUCGUAAACAAGCUGGACUUCCUCUAGAAACCUCUAAAGUUCAACAGUUAAUCAAACAAGGGAGGAGGACUUGGCCAGGAAUACCUAAGACUACUCUUCAUGAAACUCCAGACUAUGUUCUUUGCAGAGGAACUGCAUCAGUUUCAACAACUCGGACUACCCUGGGCCAACUCGCAGUGUUGGAUGUGAGACAAGCUGCAUACCAGAAAUACAAAUGUAAGCUUGAGCAGCUGUUUGCCCAGAUCAAAGAAGAAAGUGCAGCUCAGCUGCUGGCAAUUCAGCGUUGGGAAGAUUGGUGGGAACAAUCCAUCCAAAAGAUAAAGCAACUCUACCUCUGAGAUCAGUCAGUUCUUGCUGAAUCUUUCUUUGUUGGUGUAAAUUGACAAGUUUGUACUAAUGUCAUCAGUGUUACAGAGUUAGUCCAAUACAGUUUUUCCUUUUAUGUUACUAAUCUGCUGCAUUGAAAGAAGCUAAUUUUUACGUUUUUGCAUUGUGUUACCGCUCGUUUCCUCAUAUGUAAUUUUAAGACAAUUCAUAUACUCAUCUUUACAAUUUACAUAA